AUGCGCGAAUUGCUUUGCGAGCUUGAAGCGCCAACAACUAGCAGAGCACAACAUUUGGUAAACCGCUCAAUCCCAUUACAACAGCAGGAAUUGUUUGUUCCAAUCACUUUAAGUGGAAACACUUUUAAGCUAAUCCAUGCUGCGUUGGCUGGUAAUGCUGCGAUCUCUUGUUCCUGGGUAGCACAGCAAUAA